AUGCUUGACCAAGUGGCGGCUUUGGCGUGGGUGAAAUAAAAUAUUGCUGCUUUUGGUGGAAAUCCCGAAGAUGUCACGAUAUUUGGAGAAAGUGCGGGUGCUGCUAGUGUCAGUAUGCAUAUGUUGUCUCCGUUGUCUAAAGGUCUUUAUAAGAAGGUGAUUGCAGAAAGCGGAAGUUCAUUAAAUCCGUGGGCAGUUUACAUUGAACCAUAUGAUCCAACAGACGCUGCUUAUUUGUUGGCCGAUAAUAGUGGUUGCCCACGGCUACCCCAUGAAGAUUUAUUAGCUUGUCUGAGAACCAUGGACCCCUUUCUGAUUAGUGCAAUGACACCCAUUCAACUCUAUAACAUAUUCACAUGGGCACCAGUUGUGGACGGACCUGGAGGUUUUCUUCCGGACGAACCGUUAAAUUUACUAAAAAAUGGUCAGUUUAAUAUGGAUGUUCCCGUACUCAUUGGUUAUAAUAAAGACGAAACAAGUCCAUUAAUGGUACUUGUUGAUGGUGCGGGGGAUGGAAUGACAAGGGAUGAAUUCAAUCAGUUGCUUUGGGACAGAAACGUUUUGGGGAGGAAAUAUUAUUCAGAUACAAAUAUCCAUUACGAAGAUUUAUUCAAAGCCUAUGGCAAUCAAUACACUCCUUGGGAGGACCCAGAAAACGUAACAUUGCUGAGAGAUGCGUACAUGGAGCUCUUGGAUGAAAAUAUCUUCCAUGCUGGCAUCCAUUGGCAAGCAAGAGCUUUUUCAAUUUAUGGAUUGGACACGUAUGUUUAUCGUUUUGAUUAUGACAGAAGUGGUAUUUUACCGGAUUGGAUGGGUGUUCCACAUGUAGCGGAAUUGUUUUAUGUAUUCGGCUCAUCAUAUCAGGAUAAUGCGUUUGCAUUCAUGGAAUGGACCGAUGAAGACAGAAAAGUUUCUGAUACAGUUCAAACGUUAUGGUGUAAUUUUGCUAAAUCUGGAAACCCAACCCCAGAUGGCAUGGCAAUUCCAAACCGCAUAACAGUUUCGACGAAAUAUUUCGAGCCUGCUAAAGUGACGUCAGAUGGCAGGGAACGAAGUGUGGCAUGA